CAGUUCACGGUGGUUGGAGUACUUGGUCAGAAUGGGGUUCGUGCUCCGUUACAUGCGAUAUUGGGUUGCAACGGCGGGACAGGUCAUGCUCAAAUCCAUAUCCUAGCCGGUCAGGUGACAAUUGUUAUGGUGAAUCAAGAGAUGACAGAAUGUGUACGCUUAGUGCCUGUUUUGAUGGUGGUUGGGGCAGUUGGAGUAAUUGGAGUUCUUGUAGCGAAACUUGCGGUGGAGGAACGCGUCUGAAAACCCGAACUUGCACAAACCCGAAACCUUCGUUGGAAGCAAAACAGUGCGAGGGACUUAACUUUCAAGUCAGUUUGUGUAACAAGCAAACAUGUCCUGAAAACAAGAUUUCUUUUACGGCAUAUGGGAUAUCUGGAACUGGAUCUCCGACAUUCAGAUUCCCUCACACGUACCAGUACAUCGACUGGAAAGUUUACAUGUGCGGUGCCUGGAAUUUAUUACUUUUCGUAGAAAUUUCAAAGAAACAUUAUGACAAUUCUCCUGUAGAUUAUGUUUUGUGCUAUAUGUAUUUUAAAUUCAGUUCGUAAAUUAGGCGUCAUUACAGAUCCUCACAGAGAACAUGAUGACUCUGGGGAAGACAAAAGCGGCUAUUCAAUAAGCUUGUCUGGAACAUUUCGUUUGAGUACAGGGGACACUGUUUAUAUUGGGGGAUGCGAAGGCUUAAAUAGCGAUAAUAUUUAUACUGAUAACCGAUCUUCGUUUACAGGAUUUAUGGUGACUCCUGAUAACUAGUAGAAUAUCAGACCCUGGCUCGUGCGUUAUAGGGGUUUGCGCGGAAAACUGAAACUGUAAAAUGUUUCUUUCUCCUAGAUAUCUUUCAUUUAAAUUAUUGAACUGAUAAAUUUUGUGCAGUGCUGCUGAUUUUUUAAAAUUAUUUCUAUAGGCGAAU